AUGAGUCUCGAGAAGAACGACGACAUUGUCCACAUUGAAGGCGAUGGCACUUCCCAUCCGAUCGAUGCAGAGGAGGUACAGCGGCUGGGAGAUCUCCUUGAUGCUGCACGGAAAGCAACAGAGAGCGAACACAAAAUGACUGUCUGGCAGGCAGUCAAACGAUAUCCAAAGGCCUCUGCUUGGUCCAUCGCGAUCAGCUUUGGCGUUGUCAUGGAAGGCUUCGAUGUCGUGCUUUUGGGCAACUUUUAUGCGUAUCCCGAAUUUCAAAGAACUUUCGGCGUCUUGCAACCAAGCGGAGAUUAUCAGAUUCCGGCGCCAUGGCAAGCUGGCUUGAGCAAUGCAUCAGCAUGUGGCUCAAUCAUUGGUCUCAUGUUGAACGGCUAUCUGGCGGAGCGUAUUGGGUAUCGAUACACCAUGAUCGCUUCCCUUGCUUGGCUUGCUUGCUUCAUCUUUCUCUUCUUCUUCGCCAAGAGCCUCGGCAUGCUGGUCGCUGCAGAAGUCUUGUGUGGAAUACCAUGGGGUAUUUUACAGACAUUGACCACAUCCUAUGCCUCCGAAGUUGCUCCUUUGGCACUUCGUGGAUUCUUGACGACUUGGGUCAAUGCUUGCUGGGGAAUCGGUCAACUCUUGUCCGUUGGCAUCCUCAGAGGUCUACUGAGCAAGACCUAUCUUGGUCAAUGGGGAUGGCGGAUUCCCUAUGCUUUGCAAUGGAUCUGGCCGGUGCCAUUGAUUCUAGUGUCCAUCUUUGCUCCCGAAUCGCCAUGGUGGUUGGUGCGGAAGGGACGUAUCGACGAAGCCCGCCAAAGCCUUGCGCGACUCACCUCCAGAACCGUCAGCGGCCAGACUGAUGACUUUGAUAUCGAUCAAACAGUUGCCAUGAUGCAACACACGAAUCUGUUGGAGCGAAGGCUCUACGCUGGUGCCUCCUACAUCGACUGCUUCAAAGGAGUGAAUCUACGUAGGACAGAGAUAAGCGUCGGAUGCUGGGCUGUGCAAGUCCUGUCAGGCGUCGCUCUACCGGGCUCGGCCUAUUUCCUUCAAUCCGCCGGACUGCCCACCAAAGAUGCUUUCACAUUGACCAUGUGCAAUUUGUCAAUCAAUAUCUUCGGUGUGAUGAUAGCUUGGGCAUUGAUGGGAUGGGGCAUCGGUCGGAGGUCGCUGUACCUCUACGGCUGCUUCGCCAUGAACAUUGUCCUCUGGAUUGUUGGAGGUAUCGGAUUUAUCGGAACUGAGGCGUCGCUUUGGGCGAUAGGUGGUCUUCUGUUGGGUUGGCAGAUUGGUUAUCAGUUCACUCUCGGAACCGUUUGCUUCUCAUUGAUCACCGAGUUUCCUUCACGAAGACUGUUGAUCAAGACAGUGAAUAUCGGCCGAGCUGCCUACAACCUGACGAACAUCAUUUUCGGUUCAUUCACACCUUUCAUGAUCAACCCAAGUGCCUGGGAUUGGGGUACAAAGGCAAGUUCUCGAGACAAUUGCCAGACCGCCUUCUUUGCAGCGGGAAUGAACACCUUGGCUUUGAUCUGGAUAUACUUCCGUCUGCCUGAACCUUCGGGUCUGUCGUAUGCGGAGAUUGACAAGCUGUUUGAGGAGAGGAUUCCGGCGAGACAGUUCCAGAAACAUCGCGUGGUAGCGGUCGAAGCGGAGGAUGUUGGAGUUGUAGAAGCCAAGCAUCCUUAG